UCAACACAGACUCAGCCGCCCGCCGUUGGCUGCCUUGGUAGUGUAACUUCAAUUCAAACGUCUUUUGUCUUCUAUAAUAAUUGCACUCUUCAUAAGCGAAACAAUUGGUAAAUUACAAAGUUAACCGAUAGCUACUGUAGUAAUAUAAUUCAUGAAGCAUCAAAUGCAGACUUGUUCAGAGGUCAUCAGAUAUCGAAAUUAAAGUACAUAGUUGUUAAAAAGUGGAUUUCUUGGUCUUGUUGGGAACUUGUUAGGACCGCUGUCCAUUUUAUUUUUCUAUCGUUCCAAACAGAGGGAAAUUACGUCAGUUCCUAACUAGGAUUGAGUAUUGCACGUAGAACAUCCUGUGAAAAUGGAAGCUGAAAAAUCAUCGUCAUUGCUAUUAAUCAAAGAAGAGAAGGAGAAUCUGGAGGAGGGUCUAACUGAAAACACAGGGGAAGGCUCUUCGUUUGCAGACCCCUUCUUAGAAGUCAAGGCAGAACCAGAAUUUUUUGAAAGUGAUGAAUUUGAUGCGAACUGUUCAUCCAAAUCUAUUAAGUAUGAGGAGGAGGAGGACAGCUCUCCAAGCUGUGAUGACGAAAGCAGAAAGAAGAUCUGUAUUGCAGGAGAAAAUAGACAUUUGGGUAAAAGAGAUCAAUUUUCGAAGAGGCACAACACAGCAGGGAAGCGAAUAACUUGUGCUGAAUGCCAAAGGACAUUUUCACACAUGUGCCGCUUGAAGUCCCACAUGAGAACUCAUACAGGAGAGAAACCACAUACUUGCUCUGUAUGUCAAAGAAGUUUUUCUGAUUCAAGUUAUUUCAAAAUACAUGUGAAAACUCAUACAGGAGAUAAACCUUUUAGUUGCUCUGUAUGUCAAAGAAGUUUUUCUCAAUCAAAUACUCUCAAAUCCCACAUGAGAACUCAUACAGGAGAGAAACCAUACACUUGCUCUAUAUGUCAAAGAAGUUUUUCUCAGCCAAGUGCUCUCACAAAACACAUGAGAACUCAUACAGGAGAGAAACCAUUCACUUGCUCUGUAUGUCAAAGAGGUUUUUCUGGCUCAAGUAAUCUCUCAAAGCAUAUGAGAACUCAUACAGGAGAAAAACCAUAUGCUUGCUCUAUAUGUCAAAGAAGUUUUUCUAGUCAUUGGUUCCUCAAAGUACACAUUAAAAAUCAUACAGGAGAGAAACCAUUCACUUGCUCUAUAUGUCAAAGAAGUUUUUCUGUGUCAAGUGGUCUCACAAAACACAUGAGAACUCAUACAAGAGAAAAACCAUAUACUUGCUCUAUAUGUCAAAGAGGUUUUCCUCUUCAAAGUAAUCUCACAAAACACAUGAGAACUCAUACAGGAGAGAAACCUUAUACUUGCUCUAUAUGUCAAAGAAGUUUUUCUAAUUCAAGUGAUCUCGCAGAACACAUGAGAAGUCAUACAGGCAAGAAACCAUAUACUUGCUCUAUAUGUCAAAGAAGUUUUACUCGAAUAAGUGGUCUCAAAUAUCACAUGAGAACUCAUACAUGAAAACCUGAGAAAAUAUCUUCAGGCAAUACCUAGGUGCCCAAGUAUAAAUGAGGUGCAGAUUGCUGCCCUCAAAGGAACUGUAAAGAGCCCUCGGAUAUAAGGCUAGUGGAACAUAGAGGUGCAACCAUAGACCCUAGGCUGGGGCCAUUGCACCUCAGAUAUAAACUGAAAGAUAAGAAUAACAUAAGCCAGAGAGAAACCUUAUGCUUACUCUAUAUAUCAAAGAAGGUUUUCUCAUUAAGUAAUCUCAAAAUACGCGAGAAUUCAAACUAGACAGAAACUGUAAACUUGAUCUCUGUCCAAGCAGUUUCUAUUCCAUGCAUCUGUCUGUCCCCAGACAGUAAAGGCCACUGAAGCAUCAAAGAAAGUGCAAGAGUCAAGGUUAAGAUGGUAUGACCACCUGAUGAGAAGAGAAGAGCAGCACAAGGCAGGAGAAGUGAUGGACGUGGAGGUGGAUGGAACACGAAGGAGAGGAAGACCUAAGACCAGGUGGAGAGAUUGCAUUAGAAAUGAUAUGAGGGAGAAAGGAGUACGAGAGGAAGUGACACAGGACAGAGGUAGAUGGAAGAGACUCAUUCAAAAUGGUGACCCCGAAUAGGGAUAAAGCUGGGAAGAAGAAGAUCUGUCUGUCCCCAAAUCUUGUAACUCAGUUUUUUACCUGUUCCCUUUGUCCAAUGGUUACUCAAUCCCAGUGACAGUACAACCUUACGUAAUCUGUAAGUCAGCAGUGACCUCUAGUGACCCAACAAUGACCUCUCCCAGUAUCUCAGGGUUUGUAUGAAACUCUGGAUUUUUCACAGCACACGAUCAGGUGUUAAUUUGGCUGUGUCCUCCCCUUCCCGCUUCCCUUCCCUUCCCUUCCGUAUUCCUUAUUACCCUUCUCCUUCCAGAGCACACGAUCAAGAGUGAAUUUAGGAUGCCGUACAGUGCUAGGUUAAGAAAUUUUCCUGUUUCUUCUUCACUUUUCUUGUUCCAGUGUAGUUUUUGUAUGAUUUCCAAAUGAAGAAUUAGUUUUGUCAUUGGCUGACAUGAACUUUUCUCCCUUUUGUUAUACCAGCCUGAGAAGAGCCGUUGUUAGGCUCAGAGGUCUGGAUAAAAUAAUCCUUGAUAAUAAUACACAUAAUGUUAUUCAGCAUUGUGCAUCUGCACUUGUAUAUGUAGUUGUAAGCUUGAAUAUUUCCACGAAAUGUCAUCCUUACUGGAAAUAGAAAGAUUGAUUUAUUCAUUACACAUCAAUGAAAUUUAGGUGCAGUUUUAUUUGAUUAUUUUUUAUAUGUUCUUGGUUUUAAUCUUCUACAAAGAAUGAUACAGCAAUAGCAAAUCCUUGUGUAUUUCUGGUGAUAGAAGUUCACUCUCAACGUGCUUCGGAAGUCACGUAAAGCCGUUGGUCUCAUUGCUGAAUAACCACUGGUUCUGUGCAACACAAAAACACCACAAAAAGAAAAAAAAAGUCAGUAGAUCCUAAUGCUUUGUAUUAGUAAACCAGACACAGUGGGCAGACUGUAUUCUGUUGUAAGCUAACCAGUCGGAAGUGUUCAGCCAGUACUUGCUUUAUAAGUGACUAAAGUCAUGUAUUAUUCUGAUCUGAUUAAACCUCUUUUUAAGUUCAUUUCAUUGUGUAAAUGUUAGAAGUAUUGAUAAAUAAUAGAAGUACAGUGGACCCCCCCGUAUUCGCGUUCUCUGGAUUCGCGGACUCAAACAUGCGUGGAUUUCUCUCGGGAAUGUUUCCCCGCAUUAUUUGCGGAAAAUUUGCAUAUUCGUGGUAUUUUUCAAUGAGAAAUAUCCACAAAUUCCUGGUUUUUUUAUCAAUUUCAUCGUAAAAUGCACUUUUGUGAUAAAACUAUUAAAAAAAAACAAGUAUAAAAAUCUUUAGUGGGUUUUUCUUGAGUUUUAACUGACAAAAUAGGCUGUUUUCAGCAUUUUUUAUAGAGGUUCUAAUUAUUCAUGGGGUGGGGGGGGCGGUUUCUGGUACGCAUAUCCCGCGAAUACAGGGAGACCACUGUAGUUUAUACACAAAUAAAAUCUUUCACUUGACCUCAUUAAAACUCAGAUAUCUGAGUAAAAUUUGACACUACCAAAACCUAAUUGUCAAUGCCCGCUAGUGUAUAAUAAGUAUAGUAUCAUAAAAUGUGAUUGCAGAUUAUACGUUUUACUACGAAAUAUAACACUUAAAACACUUAAAGUUUAUUUAAAGUUAUUUACAAUGAAAAUAGAUCUUGAAAUUGGCCUUAUCAAAUGUCCGCUGACGUUUCCACAAACUCGAAUUUGCAAAAUUCUUGUUUUGAGUAAAUCACAUUUAAAGAUUUCUCUCACUUCAAACCAUCUUUUUAUCAAGUAAUUUAGUCGGUGAACAUUUGACUUUUGUUAGUUGAUAGGAUUAAGACCUUCACUUUCCAACAGUGUUUAAACAAUUGCUUGAAUUCUUAGAUUUCUUAAUAAUGUUUAUCAAAGUUUGUGAAAACUGACUGACUCACAGUGUUAACAAAUCGACAUCUAUUGUCACACUGGUGACAUUGUUAUUUGAAGUUAUGGAUAUUUGUCACACACCGAAUCUAAGGUUGAAAUUUUGUUUUGUAUAAAUACGUACAAUAAAGGCUGAGAGGGUAAGAUAUGAUAUACACAUUUAAUUGUUUGUCAUAUAUAGUAUAUAUAUUUGUAUGAAAAUAUGAAUGAGGGUUUUAUUGGGUAAAAAGUCUUUCAGUAUUGAUGGAAAUAGUUUAUUUUCAUUGAAAGCAUUUGAUUGCAUGUCUGUUCUAGAUAUAACUAGUACCUACUUAACAUUUUUAGUAAUGAAGCAAAUUACGGUAAAAUGAAAUGUGAUCAGGAUUGUUUAUAACAGGAGUCGUUCCACUACACAAACUCAUCAAAUUUUGCACUUGAUGAUUUAACAGCCUCUCAAUAAUCUGCUAUGAUUGCUCAACACUCUCCAUUUCUGUUUUCCCUGUGGUUUGAGAGUCAGUCAGUGAUAUUGUUUGGAAAUCCUGGCCAGUAUGGGAGGCUUUGUAGAAAGUUUUCCUUCCUUUUCUUCAUCCAGUUGUUAAGAAUAAUCCUUCCAGUCGCUGAUCAUUUUCGGUUCCUUGUAAGGAUUUUUCCUUCAAGUCUAAUAACCAUUGCCAACUGUGUCGGGGUGAAAGUAUCUCCUGCCCUUUUCAUUGCCCUCUCAGUACUGCUGUGCACUGAGUCUCCUUCACAUUGGCCUUAUCGAAACUGAAUUCUCCAAAAAAUGAAGCAAUGUAGCUGGCAGCAUGGAAUUCUCGUUUUGUCUGGUACAUCCAUCACAAAAAAGGCAACAUCAGUAUACUCUUAAUUCUUGUCUGCUUCUGCUAGCCAGCUUCUGAUGCAAGACGCAAUUUCAUUUGCUCCUUAUUUAGCAAUCCCUUCAUGCCAAAAGCAACGAGAACCCUUAGCAUUUCCUAAGUUGUGUUAUAAUAAGAUGAUAGCAUGACAGUUUUCUUUUGUAAAAGAGUUCAUUGCAGAGAGAUUUAGGCAUAUAUAACACUUGUUUCAGGUAGAAAUUCACAGCAUUUAGUUCAACAUUCGACUUGGCCCUCUCCUUGAUUGUUUUUUUUUAUGUCUGACUAAAUCUUUUUCUGUUAUAUGUUUUGCAUAUUGAAAUUUCAAUCCCUCUCGCUCAUCUCUAUUUCUUUUCCAGAAUGCUUCUCUCUCUCUCUCUCUCUCUCUCUCUCUCUCUCUCUCUCUCUCUCUCUCUCUCUCUCUCUCUCUCUCUCUCUCUCUCUCACACCACUGGUCCUUUUUGGGCACAUGAAAUUUUAAGUUCUGAGUUUUGAAUAUCUUUCAGCAAAAAGAAAAGCUAACAUCAUUUCCACUGUUGCCUUUGGUAUAAAGUUGAUGAUACUUUUUGGUGAUUGUCAAAUCAGGAUAUAAAUAUCCUUGGUAAUCUAUUAAUGUGCUCUUCUAUCACAUUUAGUUGAAGCCUUUCGUCCUUUUCUUCAAUUUCUCCCUUCUACCUCCACGACCCUCUGAUUGCACAGCUUCAUCUGAUGACAGUUUCUUCAUUUCUGUCCUAAUUUGCUUUUCACUUACAUUUAGUGUGCUUAAAAACAUCACUACACACUUGUAAUGUGAUUGUCUAUCAUCGGAUUUUGGUAAUAAAUAUAAGAAUGUUCUGGUUUUACGACUCAGUUUCCUAUCUUUAUCAUUCUUGGUGUCAGUAGCUUGAACAUGUGACGUAGCCAUUCCCUUUGCUUUGUAACACUUCUUGCAUCAUAAAAACCACUGAGACGGGUGUUUCUUUCCUCGUCUGUUAUUUCACUACAGCACAGACCUCUAACAUUGCACAAUUUUUUUUUCUGAAAACCAUCGUGGCUUAAGGUUUCUUAAUGCGGGUACCUCUCGCUUACACUUUACACGUAUGUAUGCAUAACCAGAAUUAUGAUUUUCAUUGCAAAAUUUUCGAAGCCUUUCUUCUGGAAAGUUAUCCCCUUUUAAUGGCGAAAUUCCACUUGCUUCUUUUGCAAAUCCAUAAAGUUCAAACUGUUCAGAAUGUUACAUUAACGGAAUCAGAGACAGUUUCUUUUUUUUAAGAUAGUCUCGUAUUUUGGACAAAAGCUUUAUCACAAUUCUUACUUAUUAUCACACUGAUUUUUGCAACUGUCGUUAUUUUCAAAAUUAGAAAUGCAAACCAGCUUUUGACAUUCGGAUCUUGCAUAAGCUGCAAACACAUCACUCAUUACAACCUUGACUGUCACAUAUACCAAUUGGUGAUAUUCCAUCCUCAGGUAGUAUGUCGUCAUUGUUCACCACAGACACUGGAUCCCUGAUUGAAUCACACUGACCUAAGCAUAUCUGAAACGUCCAUGGAAGAAUUAUUGUCAUUCUCAAAAUUAUUUUCGAUGGUAGUUGGUGGUAUAUCAGAAUCCUGAGAAUCGUAGUCAUUUGUAUAUUUUUUU